UCAAGAUAUUAAAAUGAAUAAUAGCUUAUAGAUUGGAACAAAACAGUUUCAAAUUGCAUUAUAUUAAUUAAACUAUUUUUAGUAAGAUAUAUCGUUUGAAUUGAUUGUGAAUAGAAUAAUUGGAGUGAAAAAUACGGGAACAAUAGAUAUAUGAAAGAAAGUUAUUUAGUAACAUAGUGAUAUGUAACAUGGAUAUGAUACUAUGAAUUGUCUGAAAUAUGUUUUGAAUACAUGUGAACAGGAAUGUACUUAUUUCUUUUAUUAAUGGAUGUGAUAUAAAUAUUCAAUAUUAAAAGGAAAUUAUUUUAAUAAUACAUUAAAUAUGGCCAGUGUUGAGGUUCAGGCCGCUACAGAUAAUGGAUUACCAAGCUUGGCGCGUAAUGGUGGUCGUAAGAAAAGAAUAAAGGGUUCGACUCCCCCACCUCCGAUGAAUGCCGAGGAAAUUCCGUGGAGAGGACACGGGGGUCGUGCCCCAACUAUGAGCAGUGUGGAAUUUGAUAGGCAGUUAGAUAAGAUAGCUGUAUGGGUUGAAGAAUGGAAUCAUGAACAGAGAUGUCAGAUAGUAGAGGGAAUAUUACGGCGCAGUAAUUAUAACCAGUUCCAGUUCCUGAACACGUCACUUCAACCGAUCUUGCACCGAGACUUCAUGUACACAGCACGGACACAAUUUCCUGCUAUAGAAUUCCAGCCUGUCAGUACACAUACAAGUAGAAAAUUAAAGGAGAAGCUGAUAUAUACGAGACAAGAUAAUUAUCACAGGAUAAAGAGUGCUCAUUUACAAGAUGAUACAGAAGUUAAACAACAGAUACAGGAAAAAGAAUCCUUGAGAUUACCUCUAUUGUCGAGAAGUAAUGGGGUGUCUCCAGUACACAGUACCGAAAAGCAGACGGCACAUUUGCUCACAAUUACUCCAAGAAAGAAACCAAGACGGAGCCCGUCUCUUGACAAGAAUAAUGUCGACAAAUGGGUGGGGGAAGGGAACCCCUUGUAUUCAAGUCAACCUAAUCUAAGUCGUCACAGUUCAAUCAGGUACAUAGAUAUGCCAAUACGACGUCAUAUACAAGAUGAGCGAAGUCCCCGUCAGGGUUCACAUGUUACAUCUGCUACCACUACAUUGUCUUCAAAUACAGGUCACAGUAAAUCAACGUGUGUGAGCACAGUCAACAGGUCAUUGAGUACAAUAAAUAACCACAGAAAUGCCAAACUCAAACAAAAGAAUGAGAGAGGCUCUGAACUAAAUCUGUACUCACUGUCCAUUCCUGAUGAGGCCAUUACUCUGUUCAACUGGUACUCUCAAAACUGGUCAGAUGUGAAGAGAAAUGAAUUCCUGCACAAGUUUAUGCUGAAACUAGAUCCACGGCAACAUUACUUUGUCUCAAGUUUUCUUGCUGCUCGACAGCAUAAAGAUUUUAUAAGUUUAUUACCGAAGGAUAUAUCACUGAAGAUUCUACAUUAUCUGACUGUCCAAGAUCUGCUUCGAUGUUGCAUGGUAUCGAAAACGUGGAACAUAUUAGCCAACAACAAUGACCUCUGGAAACAUAAAUGUGAAUGUGUUAAAAUGGAAGUUCCUGUCACUGAUCAACCGGAAUGGAAGAAACUGUACAAAGACAAUAAAUAUCUACGAGUUAAUUGGAACAGUGCCAAAUGUAAAAUUACAGAUUUCAAGGGACACUCAGAUAGCGUUAUAUGUGUUAUAUUUGACCAUGUACAUCUGGCUAGUGGUAGCCUUGACAAAACAAUUAGAGUGUGGAACAUAAAGACAGGCAAAUGUCUACACGUUUUCAAAGGUCAUGUGAAGGGCGUUUGGUGCUUGAACUUCUUUACUCAUAAUCUUCUAAUCAGUGGAUCUUAUGAUGGCACCAUCAGGGUUUGGAAUCUCAGGACUGGCAAGUGUAACAAGACAAUUAUAGCUCACGAUGGACCAAUCUGGGCACUUACCAGACACAAUGAAAUUCUAGUCACUGUCUCACAAGAUAAAACGGCAAAAGUUUGGGACAUGAACAGAUGCCUUCACAUAAAUAGUUUACUGGGUCACACAGCAGCUAUAUUUGCAGUGGACAUGAGUGAAGAUGGUCACCUCGUUAUAACAGGGUCGGCAGAUAAGAGUGUGAAAAUCUGGAAUAUUGAGACUGGGAGAUGUUUACGUUGGAUAAGUGUCAGUCAGACAACCUCUAUAAUGUCUGUCAGUUACAGUCAAGGUCAUCUAGCAUGUUCAUAUGGCGAAACAAUUUGUGUGUACAAAGUUGAAGGUCCAACAAGACUCCUGAAAAAAUACUUAGAUAUUGUGAAUGAACACCAGAAAAGUGAACUUACUAAGCCAAAAAGGAUAGAAUGUUUGAAAUUGAGUAUAUUAGAUAAAGAGAAAGGUGAAGGCAUCAUAGUUAGUGCUGGUAAAGAUGGAGCUGUCAAAUACUGGGAUAUCAAAAAGGAUAAGAGUGUUCAGACGUUUGUGGGGCACAGGGGACGCGAGGUAAAUGCUAUCUACUUUGACGAACUCCGAAUUUCCAGUGCCUCUGUUGAUAAUAAAAUCCGAAUAUGGGAUUUUAAUGUAUAAUGUAUUAUCUUGAUGACAGAUCUUAAGAACAAGUUUUUUUAUAUUGUUUUUUCAUUAAAAUGACAGUUUUAAGAUUUAACUGCUCGAAUUGAAAGUGAUUUGCAUGUACUUUUGCCUACAGUAUACAGGCAUGUAAGACGUUAUAUUUAUGCAAUCUGGCCAAGUUUUGUUAACAGAAGUUUCAUUUUGAUUUCUCAAAAAAAUUAUAAUGGACACUUCCUAAAAUGGAUGCUGGACAAGGCCAUUUAACGACUUUGGAAUAAUUAUUAUAAUAGUGAAUUCAGCUCAAUUUGCAUAUGAUAUGUUCACCAAAUAAAAUAUGGAUUAUGAGUAUUUGUACAUUUCUCUGACUCUCAAUAGAUUUUCAUAUUUUUGUAUAAA